AUGCCGAAAGUUGAAAAGAGGAGUGGACGCAGGUUUUCUCGAAAUUCAAGUAAGCGCCCUCGGCUCGAUGGUACUCCAAUGAGUCAGCCAAACUUUAGUGAUAAUGAUGCUAGCAACGAUAGUCUAAGUGCUACCUACCUAGAUGAAGAUUUUGAUAAUGCCUCCAGAGCUUCUUAUUCCUCGGAGGAGGAGUAUUUUAGUCGAGAUUCUAAAGGAAAACCUAUCAGCUCUAAUGACCUCGAUGAGUUUUCUGCCGUUGAUCUGCGGUCUAUCUUAAAAUUGAGACUUGAUCAAGCAUCUCGACCAAUUUGGGUUACGCCGUCUGCCCAUAUAUAUAUGGAAACUUUUAAUCCAAUCUCAAAUCUCGCACAGGACUUUCUCAUCGCAAUUUCAGAGCCUGUAUGCCGCCCUGAACAUAUUCAUGAGUAUAAACUGACCUCUUAUUCUCUUUAUGCUGCAGUUUCCGUCGGUCUUCGUACUAGUGAGAUCAUUGGCUGCCUACGGCGUCUUUGCAAAUCUGAUCUUCCCCAAUCUAUAAUCGAGUAUAUUCGUUCAUGUACCCUUUCCUACGGAAAAGCGAAGUUGGUACUUAGAGGUGGACAUUUUUACGUGGAGAGCAAUCAACGAGCUUUUUUGAAGACAUUAAUUGCUGAUAGAGAAAUAAGGGAAUGUCUUUUGAAUACUCCAACUACUGAAGGUCUUUCUGAAGUGACUGUGCACAAAUUUGAAUCUUCGGACGCAAUUCUUGCCCUUGGAAUUGAAAUGAAAGAUAACUCGAAAAAUUCGGAUGGUACUUCCACCGGUCCGUCGUCGGAGAGUAAUCAGGCAGAAUCAGAUGGUGGGCUGAAGGAUAUCUUGAAGUUGUAUGCCGAUAUUGAUGCUGAAGAGGAAGAACAAGAACAGGCUGAAGCUGCUGCGGAACCGAAAGAUGAUUACGUUGACGUUGCUGGCGAUGCAGAAAUGCUAAGCAUAAAGCAAAUCGGUCUUGAAGUUGCAGCUGGUGACAAUGAAGGAGAGUUAGUUGAUCUCCCCGAAUGUAACGCAGGUGACAAAAUUCAAGGUGAAGAAGGCGGAAAAUCCUCCGGAGCUGCAACCUACGCUAUCGAAGUGAUCCAAGAUGAAAUCGAACGCCUGCAGAGGCGCUGUGUUGAGCUGGAGGUACCCUUGCUUGCUGAAUACGAUUUUCGUCGAGAUAAAGUCAAUAAGGAUAUGAGUGUUGAUCUCAAGGCGAGUACAACACUUAGGCCCUAUCAAGAGAAGAGUCUCCGUAAAAUGUUCGGAAAUGGACGAGCUAGAUCCGGGGUCAUUGUUCUUCCCUGUGGUGCUGGUAAAACUUUGGUUGGCGUGACAGCAGCCUGUACUGUUCGCAAACCGACUUUAUGUCUCUGCACUAGUGGUGUAGCUGUCGAGCAGUGGAGAAACCAGUUCAAACUCUGGUCUACAGCCGAAGACAGUCAAAUCCUGCGUUUCAUGUCCGACGCACGCGACAGACCUUCACCUAGCACCUGCAUAUGUAUUUCAACUUACUCUAUGAUUGCCUUUUCAGGCAGGCGAUCUUACGAGGCCGAACGACUAAUGCAAUGGAUCAAAGGUCAAGAAUGGGGACUGAUGGUGCUGGAUGAGGUACAUACGAUUCCUGCCAAGAUGUUCCGUCGUGUACUCACUAUGGUUCAAGCGCAUUGUAAGCUUGGCUUAACUGCCACUCUGGUUCGUGAAGAUAAUAAGAUUACUGAUCUCAACUUCCUUAUCGGGCCGAAGAUUUACGAGGCAAAUUGGUUGGAAUUACAAAAACGAGGAUUUAUUGCUCGAGUUCAGUGUGCUGAAGUAUGGUGUCCUAUGACUGCGGAGUUCUACAAGGAGUAUCUAGGGGUAUGUUGGAAUACAUGCCUUUUUAGCUGCUACUUAAUGAGGUUCAUUCAUUGUAGUAAUAUACGUCUAGAUGUGUGGCAUAGCAAGCGUUGGAAAUAA